AAAACCACUUAUGCCAUGGCCAUGCCAUUACAGGAGUAAUCCCAAUUACAAGACAAAUAUAAUUAAGUUUACAGCUAUGACUAAGUAUGAGUACAAUGGAAUAUAACGAUUAGCAUAUAAAAUCAGCAGAGUAAUAGAGUAGUAUAUUAUACAGUGAUACAUUCAUAUAAUAAUAAUGAAAAAACAUAUACUGUAGAAUUCUAAUAGAAUUGGCAGUGUGCAGAUACUUGAACCACAGUAUUUCACUUAUGGGUUCUAAUUAGAUUGUUAACUUGGUAAACUUAUUCUAUGUUUUGGACUACAGUCAUAUAUCCUACAAUACACUCCCUACAAAUUUGAAAAUUCAAAACAAAACAUAAAUAAAAUUCUUUUUUUUCAACUGCAUUACUUUGUUCCAUUCCAUUUCCUGUCUGUAGGAAUCCAGCUAUUAUUCCAAAUUCAAAUGUGAAGUUGAGAAAUUUUUAAUAAAAAAUACUCUGCAGAAAUUGUAUACCUAUUCAAAUAUUAAACAAUGUUUUGUGAAUAUUUCUCAUUCGGUAAGAAAUGACAAACAAUGAUUUGAAAGGUAUAAAAAAAAAUACGCGACUUAUGGUAUACUCGUACAAUAGCAUCCACAGUCGUUGAUGUACAACGCAGAGACGCCUGUGGAUGUACGUAAUUGUGUACAUUGACACCUGUGAUUAUUUGAGUAGAUGUAAAUCCUUCUUUUAAAUAUUAUUGAUGUGUUUUCAAAAAUAUUAAACAUAAAAUUACUUAUUUGAGUUGUUAACUAACAUCACUUGUAUGAAUUUCAACCAGCCGAACAUGACCGAUCACAUCGCGGCAACUCCCGAAUGCAGUUUCGGUCGUAGUUUCGACAGAUUUGCCGCUGAAACAUAAACCCGUUUUUUUGCCGAGACUCGACCGAAACCGAACUUUCAGUCGGACACUAAUUGUCAGAAAUCAUUACCAAUGAUAUGAUUUUUAUAUACAUUUUUAUAUCUACACCUCAGUCUUUACGUACCUACACAAUUAUGUUGUGAAUUUAUCACAUAAACAUUUUUUGUAAUUUUUAAAGGUCAAUAAAUAUCUUAUCUUAACCAUAAACUGAAAAGUAGUUACCAGUCCGGUGAGUCUGGGCGAUUAACGGAACAUACGCCCUGUUUACAUUUUUACUCAGAGUAAUUGUUACAUUUUCACUAUUCUGUGUCCCGGUGGCUGGAGGUUGAGAAACAUGGAUUGGUAGAGUGUAAAUUCUAAAUAAUAAAAUUCAACUAAGCUGUCAAAUUUCAAUGGAUACCAAUGGUCAUAGCUCUGAAAAGAAGGAAGAGGUGAAAUGUGAUGAACAAAUUAAAAGUGAGGAAAGCAUUGAUAUUUAUUAUGAAGAUAUUAAGAAAGAAAUCAAAGAGGAAGAAAUAGGGGAAAUUGCAACAGAUUUGUUGAAAUUGAAUAGUCCCAAGGUUGAACUUAGUCAACAGAAACAAGUGAAAAGUGAGGAUGAAAUUGAUAUUUAUUAUGGAAAUUCCGAUGUGAAAGAAAUUAGAGAAUUUGGACAUGAUGUUAGUAUCCAUAGUCCCCUAGACUCAUUUGCCUUCAAAACACUCAAGUCCGAACAAACUGAAUCUAAUGUAGGGAAUAGUUAUAUGAUUGAAGAUGGGAACACUUCUUUUUCUGGCAUUACAUCAGAGACGCAAUCAAUACUUUUUCUUAACAAACAAUACGAGACAAAAUUCAAAGAUGAAGAGACAUUUAGCACUUUUUCUAGAGAAGAGUUUUCAGUUAAGGAUUCCAGGGUUCAUGAAAACCUUGGUACUGGAGAAUAUUUGGGCAAAAACUCAUUUUCUCAAGAUAGUAACGUGACAAUUCAUCAAAAAACCGAUACUGGGGAGAGACUAUAUAAUUGUAAAAUUUGUAAAAAAUCUUAUUCUAAAAGUAGUUCCUUGAUUAACCAUCAAAGAACUCAUACUGGAGAAAAACCAUUUGAAUGUCAAUUUUGUGAAAAGUCUUUCAUUCGCAAUAGUUACUUGACUGUUCAUCAAAGAACUCAUACUGGAGAGAAACCAUAUAAUUGUUAACUUG